AUGGAUAAAUCAACGCCUCUUCGCUCAUUAAAAUUGUCUCGAUUCGGUCAUUUAUGGAUUUUAAUGUCAUCUUUAGCAGCUGGUGGCUGUUGUGUUUCAUUCUAUUUACCCUACUGGUUAAUUGGCUAUUGGAAUAAAACUACAGUUACAUUUGGCACUUUUCGUGCUUGUAAUUACCCAGGAAUGGUUUAUAAUAGGACUACCGCUGCCUUAGGCACAACAACAAUUCAUAUUUGUGCCCGUUAUAAUGACUUCAAUGAUAUCCCAAGUAUAGCCUGGAAAGCUUGCACUAUUAUGCAGGGUGCUUCAUGUGGUAUCUUACUGUUAAUCGCUUUAAUUGGUCUGUCUUUCAUGUGUAUUAAGGACGUAUUAACUAAGAAAGCAAUUAGGGUAGCUGCCAUUUUACAACUUCUUGCAGGAUUAAGCUUCGGUUGCAGUUGUGCAUUUUAUCCUUUGGGUUGGGAUAGUGCUUCGGUGCGAGUUAUUUGUGGAGAACAGAGUGCUAUUUAUCGCCUAGGACGAUGCACCAUUGGAUGGUGUUACUGGGCAGGAAUUGCCUCUUCGGCAAUUUCUCUGCUGGCUGCAAUACUGGCUUUUACCAGUUUUGCGAUAACUGCUAAUAGAGAUCGACAGGUUAAUCGGUCGAAAUCAUCUGAUGCUAGAGAAACAUCUCCUAAUCAUAAUGUUUAA